AGGGGGCGCUUGUUAGCUGCAUGGAUGGUGUAACAAAAAGGGAAGGGUGGCUUUCUUCUUUUCGGUAUUAUGAAUGAAAGUCUUUUCUUUGAUUUUACCCCUGAAUUAGUUAUUAUCAAACGUUGUCAAGAAGGUGCUGAUAAAGAGCUGAACUAAGCUCGUAUUCAUUAGUUCAAGAUGUCUGCGAGUGCUGUGUACGUCUUGGAUUUAAAAGGAAAGGUGAAGCCCUUGAUCUGGAUUGAAUCUGUUAUUGAGAAGCACUCCCACAGUCGGAUCGAGUACAUGAUCAAGGCAAAGAGUCAGUUCAAAAGGCGUUCCACAGCCAACAACGUGGAGAUCCACAUUCCUGUGCCAACGGACGCCGACUCACCCAAAUUUAAGACCACAGUGGGCAGUGUGAAGUGGGUGCCUGAGAACAGCGAGAUUGUCUGGUCAAUCAAGUCCUUCCCUGGUGGGAAGGAGUAUUUGAUGCGGGCCCACUUCGGUUUGCCCAGUGUAGAGGCUGAAGACAAGGAGGGGAAGCCGCCAAUCAGUGUCAAGUUUGAGAUCCCAUACUUCACCACCUCCGGCAUCCAGGUGCGUUACCUGAAGAUCAUUGAGAAGAGUGGAUAUCAAGCCCUGCCAUGGGUGCGCUACAUCACCCAAAAUGGAGAUUACCAGCUCCGGACCCAGUAGGCAGCUCUUCAGCCAGCAGUAGGCAGGUGGAAAUCAGAGGGGGCGGAGUCAAGCCGCUAAUGUGCUAUCAAUGGCAGGUGUCAGUCAGUCAGUAUCUACUUUUUGUUUAGUUUUUUGUAUUUGUUGAAGUUAUAUUAAUUUCUGAUCAAUGCAAAUAUUAGAUGGAGCCUUCAGUUAGGCAAGGUUUAAUAAAAAAAAAAAGAAAGGAAUAUUAUUGUUUAGUGUGAGCGAGGCCAAGGAGAGCAGGAGUAUUGUUUACAUCCAACCCAUACAGCGCAGAGAUGUACAUGUACACAAUCUAUUACAAUGGGUCAAGUUUAAGAGUAUGUUACAAUUCUCACUUAAAGUUACUGUAAUCACCUCCACACAGGUUAAUAAGUAUAUUUUUUAUGAAGCUGCUUUGUUCUGCCACAAUUCCUAUUUGUUGAUUAUCUGUAUAUAUUUGUUACAUGCUAAUGAACUUCAAUUCAGUGUUAUAUGUUUGAUAACUGUAAAUUAAAAAGUUCUCUCUUGCUUUGUAUUAUCACCUGAAUGUGAUGCCAUUGAUACAUGUCAGAGCGACGCCUUUCUGCAUGGCUGUUGUGCUUUUUCGUCAGUUUGACUCCAUAGACAUUCAGCUUUGCAGAAAACAUGGAAAGUCAGUGUAAGUUGCACGGUAAACAGAAUACCAGU